AUGGCAGCUCUCCUCUCCUCUCCCUUCCCAGGCCAGCUCAGCAGAGCUGACAAAGAACUCAUCAUUGUGGUGACCAGCCUAGCCAAUAGAACCCAGUGCUCUCUGACCAGGUCAGUGCUGACAGUUGCUUGUGAACAGACUGAAGUUCUUCUUUUUGAUCCUAUAUCUUCAAAGCACAUAAAAACACUUUCUGAAGCUCAUGAAGACUGUGUAAAUAAUAUAAGAUUUCUUGAUAACCGGCUGUUUGCUACCUGCUCUGAUGACACUACAAUAGCACUAUGGGAUCUGAGAAAAUUGAACACCAAAGUAUGCACUUUACAUGGUCACACUAGCUGGGUGAAGAACAUCGAAUAUGAUACUAAUACAAGACUCUUAGUAACGUCAGGAUUUGAUGGAAAUGUCAUUAUUUGGGACACCAACAGGUGUACAGAAGAUGGGUGUCCGCAUAAGAAAUUCUUUCACACACGUUUUCUCAUGCGAAUGAGAUUAACACCAGAUUGUUCCAAAAUGUUGAUCUCAACGUCCUCUGGAUAUCUUUUGAUUUUGCAUGAUCUUGACUUAACCAAGUCUUUAGAAGUAGGCAGCUAUCCCAUUUUGAGAGCAAGAAGAACUACAUCAAGUUCAGAUCUUACCACUUCGUCGAGUUCAUCUGGUCCUAGAGUUUCUAAUUCACCUUGUCAUCACAGUGAUUCUAAUUCAUCUUCUGAGAAACAUAUGUCACGGGCCUCUCAAAGAGAAGGAGUUUCACCACGAAAUAGUCUUGAAGUCUUAACCCCUGAAGUUCCUGGUGAGAGAGACCGUGGAAACUGCAUCACAUCCUUACAGCUGCACCCAAAAGGCUGGGCCACUCUUCUUCGGUGCUCAAGCAACACUGAUGAUCAGGAGUGGACUUGUGUGUAUGAAUUCCAAGAAGGAGCUCCUGUGCGGCCUGUCUCACCUCGCUGUUCUCUACGACUGACUCAUUACAUUGAAGAAGCCAAUGUAGGCAGAGGUUAUAUCAAAGAACUUUGCUUCAGUCCUGAUGGGCGAAUGAUUUCUUCCCCACAUGGCUAUGGGAUUCGCUUGUUGGGAUUUGACAAACAGUGCAGUGAACUUAUUGACUGUUUGCCCAAAGAAGCCAGUCCCCUGCGGGUGAUCCGUUCUCUGUACUCUCAUAAUGAUGUGGUACUGACAACAAAAUUCUCUCCAACACAUUGUCAGAUCGCCUCUGGGUGCCUUAGUGGACGGGUUUCUUUGUAUCAGCCAAAGUUUUAGGCACAACUUACAUCAAAUAAGGAACUCUUCUGGUGUUUGACUUACAUAUUACUUCAAUUUAGGUGAAGUAUUUUCUUUUUAGAAGAUCUUAAACGUUUGGGUCAAGAUCCUGGUUCUUAUGGGUCCACGAACACCACCUGUGACCUGUGUACUUUAU